CAAUACAGGUUUUUCCAUAGACCACUGACGUGUUACUAAUCAGUACACUUUGCUCGAGAUCUUCACCAGGAUGGGACGUCAAUCAAACUACGGUCGUCGUCGCACUUUCUUCGCUGUUCUUGUUCUUGUCUGUCUGUCUAGCGGUAGAGAUGGAAGGCGAGGGAGACUCGUGUCCGAAGCAGAUGUCGAACAGCAACGUCAACAACAUCACGGUGGUGGCUCCGUCCGGACCGAAGGGCGACACGGGCUCGCCGGGCCCACCGGGCGGUCAGGGGGAGAAGGGAGAGGCGGGCCGUCCGGGGAAGCUGGGGCCGUACGGACCGGAGGGACAGAAAGGUGACAAGGGGUCCCCGGGACAGAAAGGCAGCCGAGGCGCUGAGGCGUUUGGCGGCGGGGCUGUUUACAUCCGCUGGGGGCGGACGUCGUGUGAGGAAGGUACGGGCACGGAAACGGUGUACUCUGGGCUCGCUGGCGGAACGCUCUACAGCCAGACGGGAGGAGGCAGCAACUAUCAGUGCCUUCCCGCAGACCCGGAGUGGGGUGCAUACAUCGACGGGGUCCAGGGAAGCAAGUCCUACAUGUACGGCGCGGAGUAUGAGAUCAACCCAAACGCGCCGGCGUACGACCGGGCUACCCUGCACGACCGUGACGUGCCCUGCGCCGUCUGCUACAGUCUCUCCCGCCGCUCACAGCUGAUGAUCCCCGCCCGCACCACCUGUCCGGACGGCUGGACACGGGAGUACGGAGGCUACCUGAUGGCGGCGUAUCACGGUCACGCCGCCCGCUCGGUGUUUGUCUGCAUGGACGGGGAGCCAGAGGUGUUACCCGGGGGAGAGCGGGACCAGAACGGCGCGCUGUUCUACCUUGUGGAGGCCCGCUGCGGCGCGCUGCCCUGUCCGCCGUACGUCGAGGGGAGAGAGCUGCCGUGCGUCGUCUGCACAAAAUAAACAUGCUAUACGCAACUGUGAAUGUGCUGCAACUAGAAGAUGAUUUUCAAAGCAUAAUCAAUGACGUGGUGGGAAACUUCAUUCUUCACUGAGUUUUGGUUGACGUUUGAUUCUUUCGAAGAAAAACAGCAACAGCCUCAACAACCCAACGGUUUUAUUGCGUUACCUCUCAUAAGAAUAAAAUACUUCUGUAUAGAAUAGCGGAAGGCAAGAAUGAUAUGAUACGUAAAUUUGUAAUUUUGCAAAUAUAACAAAACAAUGUAGUGCACAUGAAAACAAGAGGGGAAAAGUCGUUGAACUGUUUUGUUGCACAAAAGAUAUAGAGACCCGAUAGAGUAUUACAUGGCCGACAUCAACAGGUGGUUGUAAUGAUACAAACUUUCAGACAGGCGGCGCUGCUAUACAUGCUACAUCCGGACGUUUGUUAUGCUCUGCAAAAGAAUCCUACUUCGACAUCUUGUAAGACAGGUGUAAAGCGUAUAGCUCUUAAUCAUUAAAUGGUGGAUUUAGUACUACAUGUACCAUUGAUUGCUGCCAGUUGAUGUCAAAUUCGGUGGCCGGUGCACACCACGUGGCCGACUACGACUUCUUGCAUGCGAAUUACAGUUGACUUUUGGUACGCACUCAGUUUCUAGUAUCCUGGCAGAUUAUAAGCGCCACAUAGCUGGUGUACUGCAAAGCAAGCCAUGAAUAAGUUUUCCGCUGGCGUCGGCAACUUUGGCUGUAAACAUGUCUC